UCUUCCUCCAGUCCGAGCGGAGAGUUUAUUGCUGUAAAACUGAGUGUAACUUCACAGAUAAGCCGUAAACAUGGUGAGGACUAAAGCCGACAGCGUCCCCGGGACUUACAGGAAAGCUGUUGCAGCGACGGCACCCAGGAAGUCUCUCGGCUCCAGCGCAGCAAACUCCUCCGCCUCCAGCAGCCAAGCAUCCACACCUGCUAAGGGGAAGUACGCCGGUGGGAACCCCGUGUGUCCUCGUCCCACUCCCACCUGGCAGAAGGGGAUCGGGGAUUUCUUCGGCGGUCCGAGCAGGAAGCCGGAGAAAGAGAACCAGCGACCUGGAGAGGAAGAGGAAGACGAUGGCGAGGAGGCGGGAGGCAGCGGCGUGACGCACACCAGCAGGAAGUCUCGGCCGCUGCCCGCUGAAGACGAAGAUGAUUAAAUGAUGAAUGUUUGCAGUCGCUGAGACUCUGACCCCCCCCCCC